UCUCCGGAACCUCACGCCAUCGUCUGCUCGCCGGCGCUCUCACCCUCUCCCUUGUCGUCCACCACCUCUGCUCCCAGAUCAGUUGCAGCAUACAGAAUUGUUUUUGUUUCUUACUGGCUAGCUCAAAGCGUUCUGAGGGCGCAAGGUUUGCGAGGAUGCCGAAGGCCGCGGCGGAUGCCAAGCUCCUCAUCCAGUCCCUAACCAAGGCCUAUGCUGCCACGCCCACAAAUCUCAAGAUCAUUGACCUGUAUGUGCUUUUUGCUGUGGCGACCGCCCUUGUUCAGGUUGUUUACAUGGGAAUAGUUGGGUCAUUUCCCUUCAACUCUUUCCUCUCUGGUGUCCUGUCAUGCAUAGGAACUGCAGUGCUUGCUGUGUGCCUCCGUAUUCAAGUCAACAAGGACAACAAGGAAUUCAAGGAUCUUCCUCCAGAAAGAGCCUUUGCAGAUUUUGUCCUGUGCAAUCUUGUGCUCCACCUUGUGAUCAUGAACUUCCUCGGAUAAGAAACUGUCCUAUAAGCUAUCGAGAUUUUGUAGUGCCCUAAUGUUUGACACUGUAGUUAUGUUGGAUAUUCAUGUGGUAUCACACACUAUCUAUGUAAUCCCAGAGUUUCUCUAUGAACUAUAAGAGUUUGGUGGAUUUAGUGUUACCAAUGUAAGAACAUGAGAACUUACUUUCUUUUGAGGCAGUGAAGACUGGAAAGAUAACUCAAUAUUAUCAUUCUUCUUUACUGUUCAAGCUAUUAGAGAAAAUUUGAUUACCCUGAUGGCCUCAGUGGCUCAGUGACUUGGGUCUAAUGAACCAUGAAUUCAGUAUCGGUUACUCUGUAUGGAUCGUAUUUGCUAUUC